AUGUCUAAAACUUUGCGCAAGGGUGAAAUUCGAGAAAUUCUUGACGAGAGUGAAGAUGGACUCGAUUUUGAUGAUGAUGAUGAUGUGGAUGAUCCUAAUUAUAAUGAAGAGUUGGUACAUGCUGAUUUUGAUGAAGUGGUUGAGAAUAUAUUAGAAGAUAUUGAAAAUGAAAAUAUGGAAUUGUGUGCAGAUCCUUCGAACGAUGUUCCGCCCAUUUUGAAUUUAGUUUUGGAAGAGCACCAAUUGCGUUUUACAGGCAAUACAUCAUUGCCCGAUGAUAUAAAGAUUAUCGAAGCGCCAAUUGAAUAUUUCUUGUACUUAUUUCCAAAAGAAUUGAUAAAGUGUAUUGCCAAUGAAACAAAUUUGUAUGUUGUCCAAAAGGACGUUAAUGAUCCAUUUCGUGUAUCAGAAAUGGAUAUUCAGCAAUUUAUUGGAGUAGUUUAUAUGAUGUCCUUAGUACAACUUCCUAAUGUACCCAGUCACUGGAGCAAAAUUGGUACAUCCAUGAUACAAGAAGCGAUGCCGCUGAAAAAAUUGGAAAAUUUACGACGUCGCAUACACUUUAACGACAACAGCAAAAAUUUGCCGUCGACUGAUAAAAAUAUUGACAGAAUGUACAAAAUACGCCCGAUCCUGGAUGAGUUAAAUAAGAAUUUUGCAAAAGUGCCUCUUGAACAACAUCUAUGCGUCGAUGAACAAAUAUGUUCCACAAAAGCCCGAAACCCUAUGAAACGCUACCUGCCAAACAAGCCUCAUAAAUGGGGCUACAAAAUAUUUGUUCUCUGCGGGACAACUGGAUUUGCUUACAAAAUUGAACCGGAAACUGGAAAAGAAAAUAUCGUUGGGGAUAACGAGCCGGAUUUGGGAGCCUCUUCCAAUGGGCCUACAAAACUAGUUGAUGAUGGUCGAGGAUUUGCCCAAAUUACUUGUUCAGCCAACAUAAGUUUGAGAGGCACAAUUGUGGUGGAAAAUACGGAGGAAUCGAUACCAUCACAUCCAUGA